AUGGGGCUGCUGGAUAAGCUGUCUAGGUGGCUCGGCCUGAGGAAGAAGGAGGUGAACAUCUUGUGUUUGGGGCUGGACAACAGCGGCAAAACCACGAUCAUCAACCAUCUGAAACCGGCUAAUCAUUCGACUCAAUUAGGCCCAUUGUCAGAAGAGUGGAGACAUGUUAGUCAGGUAAACCCACACUACCCUACAAAAACACAAGAAAUAGUCCCAACGAUUGGUUUCAACAUUGAGAAGUUCAAGACUUCAAGCUUGUCUUUCACAGUCUUUGACAUGUCUGGUCAGACCAGGUACAGAAGCCUAUGGGAGCAUUAUUACAAAGACAGUCACGCCAUCAUAUUUGUGAUUGACAGUGGAGACACAUUAAGGAUGGUGGUGGCCAAAGAGGAGCUAGACACUCUUCUCAACCAUCAAGACAUCAGGAGCAGGAGGAUGCCGCUCUUAUUCUUCGCAAACAAAAUGGACCUGAGAGACGCAAUGUCGUCCGUGAAGGUCUCCCAGCUGCUGUGUUUGGAGAACAUCAGAGACAAGCCCUGGCACAUCUGUGCAAGUGAUGCCAUCAGAGGUGAAGGUCUGCAGGAGGGAGUGGACUGGCUGCAAGAACAAAUUGCACAAUCAUAUCAACACAAUGAAGAUGUGAACGCAUGA